AUGAGUCAGUUUCACUUCAAUGACGACAACAACACUCUCCUAGGAAAUAUUCACAAUUGGCAAAAAUAUCAAGUGAAUGACUGUUAUGUACUGUUCGGUAAAAAUCCAGAUUCCCUUGUUUACAAAAUAAAUUCUUUAGCAAAUCACACUGCAAUAUUCAGUCAGUCAAAAUCUCUAGUGUCUAAAAUGACAACAUGCUUCUUAAUUAUAUCUGCUUUGGUCAUAUUCUUUGGAAACUUGUUAGUUAUUACAGCUGUAGCAACAACCAAACGAUUGAGACGUGUAACUGAUUUAUACAUUGUGUCUCUAGCUGUAGCUGAUCUUCUUGUCGCUGUAUUUAUUCUACCAUUGUCAAUAAUUCGUCAGAGUUAUGGAUAUUGGCCGUACGAAUCACAUGAAUUAUGUUUAUACUUCCUUUCAGCCAAUAUACUUCUAUGCUUAGCAUCAAUUCUUAAUUUGUGCUGUAUAUCUGUGGACCGGUAUAUUGCCAUUGUUCAUCCAUUAAAGUAUAUUAGUAAGCGUACUCGUCAAACAGCACUCACAAUGAUUGCAGUUGCUUGGAUUUCAUCUUUUCUAGCUAUGCUGCCUCCAAUACUUAGUAAACAGCACCAUACAGGUGUAGGAAUGUGUUAUAUACGAAGUGAUACACAAUACAGAAUGCUAUCAGGGAUAUUAGGAUUUUGCAUUCCCUUCCCAUUGGUUGGGUUUAUCUACCUACGAAUAUUUUGGGUUAUUCAGCAUCGUUCAAAAGCGAGUAAAAGUCCAAAGUUUUCAUCUCGAUUAAAAGAACAUAGAUAUGGAUCAUUGAGUAUACUAUUUGACUUGAACCAACUUGGACGUAUUAAGAAGUGGUUCAGUUCAGACGAAUUUAAAGGAGACCGACUGUUUGUGUUACACGGUCAAAAAUCGAAAUCAUGUACCGCAUAUAUUAGAAAUAACAGAAGCAAAAAUACAAAUCCCCUGAAACCUGGAAUUAGCACAGAAAAUGAUAUGUAUUCAAGUGAUGCAUUUUGUCAAAGUCCGUCUUGUUCACAUAAUAAUUACAUGAGUUCCCCGUCAACUGCAGACAUUUCUCAGACAAUGAAAUCAUGUCCAGAGCCAGCAGAAAUAGUUCAAAUAUCACUGGUGCCUAAAAGAUUCAGAAUUGGUGCAAAUCUUGUCUUCCCAAGGGAACUAGGGAAUAAAAAAAUUAAGGAUGAAAACAAAGCUUCACUUAGUGUUAGUCACAGUCAGAUUGACAACAAAACAAAAGAUGAUACCUGCAUCACUGAUCAGUCAAGCAAAGAGAGUGAAUACAUUCAAACACAACGAUUCAAAAGAAGUCGUAUGGAUUUAAAACUAGAUAAUUCAAGUAUUCAUAUCAAUUUAAAUCGUAAUAAACAAGAGCGACAGAUAUUAAAGCGAGAACAAAAAACUGCAAGAUCAAUAUCAAUAGUUGUAGGUUGUUUUAUGCUUUGUUGGUUUCCUUUCGCUACUCUGUAUUUAGUGGAAGGAAUAUUUGAGUGUUUGUUAUCAGAACAGGUUUAUAUGAUCACUGGUUGGUUUGCUUAUCUUAACAGUAUGUGCAAUCCUUUUAUAUAUUCUCUCUGUAAUAAAGAAUAUGCCAAUGCAUUCAAAAGAUUAUUACAUUUUAGAAAAUAUUGAAAUUAGCAAUGUGUUGUCCACUUUGAUUGUAUGCGGUAGGAAAAAUAUGCUGUCAAAUAUACCCUACUUACUCAUGUAUUGCGGAUGAACUUUGGCAUCACUGAAUCGCAUUUUUUUUUAUAUUUUGCUUCCAACCAUGAUGAUUUAGUGCACACACGUCUAGUAGACUAUCGUAAUAUUAUCCAUCACCUGUUAAUUUUUUUGUCAUUUAAAACAAAAAAGCUUUAUGAGAUGUAACAUGCUUUAACCAGGCACCAUUUUUACGGUAGAAUCGAAUGCAG